AUGACAUCAGUGUCGUUUCGCGAUUCUCUAAGCUCGCUAGGUUGGAGCCGGCGACAGGAUGAACCGGUUAGCACAGCUCCCGACACGGGCCUCUUGGCAUCCAUCAGAAACUUAAACCCAUUUCAAGACCGCGGUUACGUGCGCCUUCCUAUUGCAGAGGCUGGAACUGGCCCUGGUGCCCCUCUUCCGGCUCCGAGUCGGAGAGAGGAGGAAGAGGGCUGGUUUGUCCUUAGUAGGUGGGAUAGGCUGCUGGUCUUUGGAGCUUGCAACUUGGCCGCACUCGCCUGUUUUGUCAUAUGCUUUACCCUCUUCCCGGUGUUAUCCUGGAAACCUCGCAAGUUUGUGAUUCUCUGGUCCUUUGGGUCCCUUCUCUUCCUAGGCUCAUUUGCGGCAGUCAUGGGCCCCAUGAACUACGUACAUCAUCUCCUUUCUACACCUAGAUUACCGUUUACUGCGGCCUACUUCGGGUCAAUAGCCAUGACGCUAGUCUUUGCUCUCAAGCUGCAUAGUACAAUCCUGACCCUUUUGUCAUCCCUCGUACAGCUGGCGUGCCUUGUUUGGUAUCUAGUCAGUUACUUUCCCAUGGGAUCGAGCGGUCUUCGUUUGGCUGCAACGUUUGGUGCAAGACAAGCAACCUCGUGGAUGUCGGGGUAA